GACUGCGUGACGUCGCAUUUCAGCGCCAGUGUCGGAAUGCUGACAUGGCGGCUUCCAUAGCUGAUACGUUUCGACAAGGGAACUGGUUUAAAAUUGUUUUAGUUCUUUGCUGCCUAAUUUCUUCUGCCAAUGCCUUGGUUCCAGGAUUGUACUGUCAGAUGGAGAGCUGUUAUGAUGUUCUCGGCGUGUCAAGAGAAGCCACAAAAUCUGAGAUAGCGCGAGCGUACAGGCAGCUGGCAAGAAAAUAUCACCCGGAUAGAUACCGAGAUGGGGACCCAGGUCUCGCCGGAGAGACCGUAGAAAGUGCCCAUCAGAAAUUUCUUCUUAUUGCCACAGCUUAUGAAACACUUAAAGAUGAAGAAACUAGGAAAGACUAUAACUACAUGCUGGACCACCCAGAGGAGUAUUACAGUCACUACUAUGCAUACUACAGCAGAAGGUUGGCACCUAAAGUGGACGUGAGAAUUGUGAUCCUGGUGACCGUGUGCGCCAUAUCCGUGUUCCAAUAUUACAGUUGGUGGAGCAGCUACACUGAAGCCAUAAACUAUCUGUCCACCAUGCCUAAGUACCGUAUUCAGGCCACUGAGAUGGCCAAGAAGCAAGGCCUGCUCAAUCGGCCCAAGGAGAAGGGCAAGAACCGGCGCUCCAAAGAGGAGAUACGGGAGGAGGAAGAGGAGAUCAUUCGAGACAUCAUCAAGAAUAAGAUCGACAUCAAGGGCGGCUACCAGAAGCCCAACAUCUCGGACAUUCUGCUGUGCAAACUCCUACUGUUCCCCUAUCACCUGGUCAUGUACGUGGUGUGGUACUGCUCGUGGGUGUACCGCUUCACACUGAAGAAGGAGGAGUACGGGGAGGAGGAGAAGCUCUACCUCAUCCGCAAGAACAUGAAGAUGUCCCAGGCGCAGUUCGACAGCCUGGACGACCACCUGCAGGAGACCUUCCUGGAGAGGCAGCUUUGGAUCAAGGAGAACUACGAGGUAUAUAAACUGGAGCAGGAGGAGGAGAUGAAGGUGAAAAUGGCGCAGGACUCUAGGUGGAAACGCUACCGCCGAUGGAUGAAGAAUGAAGGACCCGGUCGUCUCACUUUCAUUGAUGACUGAUGAUGACUGAUAAACACACUUAAAAAAAGAAGAAAAAAUGGACCAGUACAGUAUAUACAGUACAGACACAAACGUGUGUGCAUGCACACACACACACCUGGACAGAUUGGACACACACAUACACACACACACACAGACACACACAAGGACACAUGUGCAGACAAACAAAUGCACAUAUCAAACUUUCAGAUGGAACAUGCGAUCAGCGGCGUAUAAGGCAUCCCUAGCUUUGGGUAUGUAUGUGUGGACACUUGAGUGUGUGCACCUCAUACUGAUUGUGUAGGACUUUGCAGUGUGGGGUUUUAAGAGGCUAUAAUCCAUAGCCAAUGGUUUCACUUAGCAUUACGGGGUACUUCUGAACAGGGGCUGUCUUGGUUCGGUUGGUGGGGGAAUAUACCGCACAGCCAGAAAUGCAUUUUUCAAGCCAUGGUUAAACUUCUUUCUUUUAGAUUUGCAGUUUUCACUUUUUUUGGUGUCAUUGAAUACAUAUUUAAUUUCAAGUAUUAAAGAGGGCAAGGACGGUCAGGUAUGGUAUUUUUAAGUCUCUUUUUGGUGUUAAAUUAAUUCAAAAUGUUGUGCGUCAGUCACCUUGAGCAUUUCUUUAUCUUUUUACACAAUUGUGCAGGGAUUGCACAUCCGCGUAUGACUGUUGUUAGAUGCCAUUUUCAGCUGCAUGCCACACAGUCGUUGGGGUUUCUGUUUACAAUAUUUUGUUUGUGUCUAUUGGUGUCAAUUUUGGGAUGAUGUUGUUGGCAUAUUGCCAAUUACCACAAAUAACAGCAAAUAAUUCACAAUCAAAUAAGUAAUGAAUAAGGUCUAUAAGACAACUGUAGUGAUCCUUUCUCAUUCUUGGCCAAAGACUUUUUGAAUUGCUUUUUUGUCAGAAUAGUGUAGUGAAUUAUCCCAAAAGAUGUUUAGCGUCAUAUUCUAUUUUUUAACAUCAGAUUAACAGGCACUAUCAGAAAUGAUAUGACCGGGCUGAAUUAAAUGUUUUACUAGAACUGGCUGCUAUGUUUUGAUGCGAAAGAACUGGAAAGUGAAACGGAAAGAAAAUGAUCCCUUCCACAUAAUUGUAGACAACAACAGUAGGUUUAAAAUUGGAAUCAUAUUACUGUAUGAAAUAUAUCUAUUUAUAGUUACAUAGUGCAGACAUUUAGAAGAUGAUUUACAAAUGGUGAUCCACUGGCUUUUUAGAGUAAAUGUCUCUUACAGUAGAAACCUCACCAGCCUAGUGUCCAGUACAGUCUGUUAGUAUUAUUAGGCUUCAAUAUUGUUACCACAAUUGCCUUAAUCUUAUUUAUAUUCUUUAUUCUGUGUACAUGUUCUGAUGGAAUAAAUUCCAAAAAAACAGACAGAUUUUGAUGACUACCGUAUGUCCAUUUAUAAACAAACAAACUAGUCAGCGCUUCAAUGUAAUUCUUGAGACUCGACUUCCAAGAUUGGCUCCGUCAUCAUGAACUGCCCUUGAGAUUCUGUUUGUAGAGAAGUUAUAGGUAAAUUGUGCAGUGUUAAUUCAACACCAAGGGUCGAAUUUAACACACUUUUAGUUUGUUCUACUCUAUUGAAUGAACACUGGAAAAUUUACAGUGUGGCUGCCUUCAAAUCUUUUAUUAUAUUCGUCACUUGGUUUGUUGGUUGGCUAUGUUUGGUUAAUGAUCACAGAUGGCAUUGUUUGUUACAACUGCUGUAAAUGAUAUCAUAAAAAAAUAAAAAUACAUUUUAUAGUUCGGUA